AUGGUUAUGGAUGGGAUUGGAGCGGGAGAAAACCUUCAAAAUGACUUUUGUGAAAGCUCACAAUAUGAUGAAGAAGAAACUUUGAUCUCAAGAUCUGAAUCAAUUCGCAACUCCGGUAAUUCAUAUCACAUCUUCCGCGCAGAAUCAGUCGUCGAGUACACGCAUGUUGUGUCGGCACAGAGAAUCUCCAAAGAUCUUGGCGAGACUUCCGGGGCCUUAUUAAAUAUCACGAUCGGUAACCUGGCUGAGCUUAUUAUAUUCAUCACUGCACUCAUGAAAAACAACAUAAAAGUUGUCCAAGCAUCCCUUCUCGGAUCCGUUCUCGUCAAUCUCCUUCUUGUCCUUGGAUCUGCGAUCAUUGCUGGCAGUAUCAUUUCUCCGGACCAGUCAUACAACAAUGAUGUGACUCAAUCUUUUGUCGUUUUGUUGAACCUGGCAGUGUCGUCUCUCAUGAUUCCUAGUGCCUUCUAUGGUAGCGUGAAAAGCGUUGCCUCGGCGGACCGGAUGGCUCUUGCCUUCAGCAGAGGUGUCUCCGUCAUCCUUCUCAUCAUCUACUUUUUGUACCUUGUUUUCCAGUUCAAGACUCAUCCGCAUCUCUUUCGGUCUCAUGUGCCUCGGCUCCAGGAUGUGGUGGCCCAAAAUCGGUCAUCUUAUGAUCACCUCAUGGACAUUGAGUCCCACCAUGACCCCGAGACAGAUUCCAUCAACACCCCGAUCCAUCCUGAGAUGCAGCAAACUCAUGCGUCUUUGAAUUCAACAUCAGUACCUAUUAUCACACUUUCGGAGCCGGGUACCCCCAUGGUCCCUAUUGGCUCAGCCGAGCAAGACGAUGCAGACUAUCAAAUAUGGCACGAUCACAACGAAGACACUCAAGACUCUCAUCGCUGCAAACCCAUGAUCCUAGCGAACCGCAUCUUCUCACUCUCCCUGCUGAUCGCCUCUACAAUUCUCAUCGCGAUAUGCGCAGAGUCCUUCUCCACAAGUUUCUCCAUUCUCAACGAAAAAGGCAUCCUCGGCGAAUCAUUCGUGGGUCUAAUCAUUAUCCCAGUCGCUGGAAAUGUAGCCGAAAAUGUGACAGCCGUGAUUGUCGCCACGAAAAGUCAAAUGGACCUGGCAAUCAGCGUCGCCCUCGGCUCUGCGAUUCAGAUCGGUCUCUUGGUUGCACCGGUGAUAGUGCUCGUUGGGUGGGCUCUGAAUAAGCCUAUGACUCUGCAUUUUGAUUACUUCGGGAUGGUUACCUUGGUCGGUUCUGUACUGUUGGUCAGUUUCAUUAUUUUAAAGGGAAAGACGAAUUGGUUGGAGGGCGCUAUUCUUUGUGCUUGCUUUGCGGCUAUCUCGUAUGUUUUGACCAAUGGGGUACUUGCUGUUCUCGAAAGCUGA